GACCGGCGAGUCAGUCUCUGCACUCGUCUCUCUGUUUCUGUUUAUAAUAAAAGCCUUGUGUUUUAUUUGAUCAUAUUUAUUUAAUCUUUACAAUCAUUUUAAUAAUUCAAAGCCAUCAAGAAGACGUUUCUUUCUGAGGAAUAAUAUAUCAUCUUCAUGACAUUACUAUACAUCUUUAAUAUCGAUGGAGUGGGGUCACUGCAGUGUGGAAGGACUUCUUGACAUUUUUAUUUUAUGAAUUCAUUUUUAAUUCAGAUAUUUUGUUUGUUUGUUUUAUUUAAUAUUUAGCAGCUGACUUCAUUGGACAUCUUUUUCAUUAGCAUGUGGUCAGAGUUGCAGUUCUAACAUCCCUUUUUAAAAAAUCUGAAUUUUUUUUACAAUUAGUUUUUUGUUGGUUUUUUUUGCUUUUUUUUUUGUAAUUUCGUUAAUGUUAACGUUGUAUCUUCCAUGUUGCCGAGCGUUUCAGGGAUAUCUCCGAGCUCGUCGUUGUUAUAGUCUUUAAUUAGCUUUUUUUUUUGAAAAAGUUAUAAAACACUUUUCAUAGGUUUUUUAUUUUGCAUUAGAAAACACUUUUGAGCAAAACUGGGAUAGUUUUUCUUCCUUUUUCUUAUUAAACUGCACAAACUUUGUCGGACUCUUUCCUUUCGGUCUCGUCUUCUUUAAAUCCGGAUUUUUUCUCGGACUUUCUCGGACUGUACCUGUGUGUGCUGAUCUGUCGCUGCUCCUGGCUUCUGCUCGCGUUGUGUAACCAUGAGUGUUCCGAUGUUGAAGAUGGGUCUGGUGCUCAGUACGAUGGCCAUGCUGACCAACUGGAUGUCCCAGACACUCCCCAGACUCGUGGGACUGGAUCAGACGGUGGCUCGGCUGGGAACCUCCGAGAAGUUCAUCAGCGUGGUGUAUCCGGGGCAGGAUGAAGGCUGGCAGGUGUUUGGUUCUGUAUCAGAUGUAGGAGGGAAGUGUGUGUGUAGGCUUCUCGCUCCCCCACUGAACCACUGCCGGAAAGAACCACGAACCACUCGCCUUCGCCAAAUCGCAGAGCACGUUCAGAAUGUUUCUCAGUAUUUGGAGAUGUUGGAUUGGCGAACAUCUCGAGAUCUGCAGCAUAUCAGAGACACGGAGAAGAAGAUCAUCGGUGUGGAAAUGAGAGUAAAGACAGCACUCAAUAACCCUCGUACAGUCACUGAUAAAGUUUUACAGGACCUGGAACAGAGUGUGCUGGAGUGUAUUCCUCUGCGUGCUGUGUUGGCUCGGUUCAAGUCUGAGGUGCUGAAGGUGGAGGUGUUAAAGCGAGAGAUGGAGAGAGUGAGCUCAAGCCUCAAUCAGGAGCAGACACACACCUACAGCAGUGUUCACCAGCUGGAGCAGAGAGAGAUACAGCUGCAGAGCCGACUGCACACUUGUGCUAGCUCAAUUGGUUGUGGUAAACUGAUGGGAAUCAGUAACCCGGUCACCAUCAGGUCCUUUGGGUCCCGAUUUGGAUCUUGGAUGAUGGACAGUAUGAUUUCCAGCUCUGAUGAACGAGUUUGGUCCAUGGAUGGCUACUUUAAGGGAAAGCGCGUGUUUGAAUACAGGUCACUGAGGGACUUCACUACAGGACACGACUUUGUAGUGCAUCAACUUCCUCAUCCAUGGUCAGGUACAGGUCAUGUGGUGUAUAACGGCUCUCUAUACUACAAUAAACACCAGACUAACGUUAUUGUGUGUUAUCACCUGCUCUCUCGCAGUGUGCUAACACAGCGCACUCUCUCUCACGCUGCUUACAACAACACCUUCCCGUACUCUUGGGGUGGAUCCUCUGACAUUGACCUCAUGGCAGAUGAGAGCGGUCUCUGGGCGGUCUACACCACUCUCAUGCACGGGGGGAACAUGGUGCUGAGCCGCCUGGACCCUGUCUCACUGGAAUUGGUACGGUCCUGGGACACUGGUUUCCCCAAACGUAGUGCCGGAGAGGCUUUCAUUGUCUGUGGCUCGCUGUACGUCACUGACUCGCACCUGAACGGGGCAAAGAUCCACUUCGUCUACCAUACCGACACCGAAAUGUACGAAUACACACAAAUUCCAUUCCACAACUUGUACUCACACAUCUCCAUGAUGGACUACAAUCCUAGAGAGAAGGUGCUCUACGCAUGGAACAAUGGACAUCAGGUCAUCUACAACAUCACACUCCUGCAGGAGGUCAAGCCCUUCACAGACACAUAGAUAAUAGAGGAGACAAGGGAAGAGAAAAGAACAAGGAAGGGAGAAGGGAAGGAAGGGCAAAAGGAAGGAAGGAAGAAGAGAGAGAGGAGGCAAAAAGGAAGGGAAAGCGCAUUAGGGAAGAUGAAAUGAUAGUCAAAUAUUACAUUUCAGCUGAAAUCCAUCCCUUAGCUACACCACUGUAAACAAAGCAUUUCAAAAUCCAAUAUUAUGAAUGACAAAUGUUAAGAAUGAAACAUCCAUCCAUCCAUCCAUCCAUCUUCUAUACCGCUUAUCCUUUUCAGGAUCACGGGAAACCUGGAGUCUAUCCCAGGGAGCAUGGGGCACAAGGUACACCCUGGACAGGGUGCCAAUCCCUCGCAGGGCACAAUCACAUACACACUCACACACAAUGACACUUUGGACAUGCAGAUCCGCCUACCAUUCAUGUCUUUGGACUGGGGGAGGAAACCGGAGUACCCGGAGGAAACCCCCGCAGCACGGGGAGAACAGACAGGGCAGCAGCGGGAAUCAAACCCGAACCCUGGAGGUAUGAGACGAACCAAGCCACCAUACGCCCUUAAGAAUGAAACGUUAAACAAAUAUUACUAACUCCUUUUUUGGAUGGAAGGAUGGACGGUUGGUGGAUGUAAUGGAGUUAGGAAGGGUGGAGGGAAGGAAGGAAAGAGGACUGGAGGCAGGAUGGAAGAGAUGAAUGGAGAAUGGAAUGAAGGGGGUGUGAAGGAAUGAAGGAAGGAAGAGAGGAUGAUGGGAAAUAAGGAAGGACGGAAGGUGUUAUCUACUUUCCUGGAUAGGGUUAAGUCACAGGAUAGUGACACACACUCCAUGCAGAAGUGGAAUAAAACAGCUAGGAAAACAGGAGAACUACAGAACCAGAACCAGAACCAGAAGAUGUGGGGGACCAGGGCCAGAGGAAUUAGAACGUCGAGUCUGAUGGAACUAGGAAGUGAACUUCAGGAUUUUGUGAUAAUAUAAUGUAAUUUUGUCUAUCAUUGUGUGUGUGUGUCACUUUGUAGUCAAUGCUGGACUGAAUUAGUUUCUGCAUGGAAUUGAUGUUCUAUACAUGUGGAAUAAAUAUUAAAGUGUGAAACAAU